AUGUCGAUUGGAAUGGAAAAGAGACAGCUUCUCGAACCACCUGUCAACGACACACAAGCGCCUCUCCUACUCGGCCUGGCCGUACACCACGGCUUCGGGCGGCGCACCGCAUUCGUCUCCUCCGAAGACCGAUCUACCACGCUCUUCCUGAUCUUCGUGCACCAGGUCGUGUGGUACUGGGCCAUUGCGCUCGUCAAGCUGUCCGUCACCUUCCUGCUGCUGCGCCUGAAAUCCUCAUUCCGCUGGAACAUUUUCUUCUACGGCAUCGCGGGCCUGUUGAUCGUAACCGUCAUCACGCAGACCCUGUUUCCAUUCUUGCAGUGCCGGCCGUACAGCGUGUAUUGGCAGCCGGAGCUCGCGUUCAGCCCAGAAGGGGUGCAGUGCUUUCCAAAGGAGGUCAUCAAUGCGAACAUCAUCGCGUAUAGCACGAUCCACGUGGUCACGGAUGUCAUAUUCUCGUUGGCGCCAGGAGCGUUCAUUAUCCGGAAGUUGACGCGGCCGAAGAGUGAGAAGGUGUUUCUCAGCAUACUCAUGGGCCUGGGGAUGUUUGCGUCGACGUUUGCGAUUGUGCGGACGGUGGGGCUGAGCACUUUCUACUCCUCUGGGAACGACUUCUUCAGGGGCAAUGUCAUGCCGACGCUGUGGGCUAAUCUGGAAUUGUUGGUUGCGCUGAUUGCGGCGACGAUUCCGACGCUGCGGAGUGUUGUGCAUCGCGGGCUUUUCAGAUUAGCAGGGUUCUUCUACGAGGAGGAGAACGAGACACAUGUUAGGAACAAAUUGGUGGCUUUCGGGUUCUUGAAGGAGGAAGAAGCUUAUGGAAGUGGGGGAAGUUGCAAAUCGGAGAGGAAGGCGUCAAAGCCGGAUAUCGAGGUUGGAACGAUUGGGAGUAUGGGCAAGGCGAAGAGGAAAGACGAGUUUGGAGAGACUGUUGUUGUUGAGGAAAAAGAGAUCGUCAUGGUAGUGGGAACUGCGUCAAAAGAGGAUACAAAGGCUUAAAAGAUAGGAAUGAUGAUUGCGCACACCGAAAAGGACACAAGGCUGCAAAGGUGUCGUUGCCAAACGCUUUC